GCGAUAUGCACAAGUCAACUCCCUGACUUGGCUUGAAGUGACCGUUGAGUACUUUUUUACAACCAAGUCAACACUGUUGCAUCUUUGUACCUGCAUCUGGUUUGGCUUGCCCAGCUUCCCCAGCUUCCCCAGACGGACCAACCGACCAAUCCAACCUCCUCGUCGAAACAAAGGGGCUUCUUGUCACGAUGCUCGGACUUUUGUUUGACUGGAUGCUUCCGUGCCUUUCAUGGCUUCUUGUCGGUCGGUUGGACGUACAUUGGUUAGCAUCAUGUAAGUCAUGGAAGACUUCAACUGACAUUGGUAGCGAGGCGCAUCGGUGUAUCGGAUCUCUCGGCUCGGCGCGAGGAUAUCUAGGCCUCAAGCACCCACCUCAUGGUGCCAUGUUUUCUUGUUUACUUCAUUCUAACUGUACAACCUUGUGGCUUCCGUCACCUACUUCACUUCUUCUUGUGUAUUUCCUAUUUGCCUUUACUUUUUUGCUAGUCAUACUGUCAGUAGGUCCGGAACCACUGACAGAUACCCCAUAAUUCGUUGUUCUUGACCUCCAGUCCGGUUGUUCUGCCGUUGGCUCGAGCUUUGCUUCACUCCCACCUAGCCCCACGCAGUCUGCAUAUUCCAUCUCCAUCGCAUAUAUACAUAUAUACUCGAUACCCUGACAGAAACUCUGUUUCUCUGUUUUCAUCUCUAAUCACAUCUUUCCUCCCGUCGGAAUCAUGGCCAGGCUAUUCAGAUCAUUGAUGCUGGCGGCGGCCGCGUCUGUGACGCCCGUCUGGUCGCUCUGCUCGCACAACACUUUCCUCCACCCGCGAGAGGAGGGCAAGACAGUCGAAGUCAAGAAGUUCGGAUACAUUGGCGUCACCGGUCCGCUGUUCUGGUCAUCGUUAGCGCCCGAGAACACGGCCUGCUCCACGGGCAGACGACAGUCGCCUAUUGAUAUGACGGGAACAUCAUUCAAUAUGGUACCCUCGUCUGAAAUCCAGAUCGACAUCCCCGAUUUCACUGAGGGCACUGAGUUCGAGAACCUCGGAACCACCAUCGAGGUCAUUGCGAAGGGCGGCUCGAUGACUUUCGGUGAGAAGCAGUACACCCUGCAGCAGUUCCAUUUCCACUUGCCUAGCGAGCACCUGGAUAAUGGCACAAGUAGAGCUAUGGAAAUGCACAUGGUCUGGCAAACCGAAAACCAGGAGCUUGCUGUCAUCGGCACUUACAUCGACGUCGCCACCGAGGCUGGUUCCGCACGUUUCAUCCCUCCCUUCGCUGCUCCGGCUCCUCCUACUCAACCGGUUCCCAGCGGCGUUCCUGUUCAUCCUCACAUCAACAAGACCGCCCCAGAUGCACCGCCAGCCAGGUUCCGCAUCAGGGGAAGCAGAAGCCAUAGGGAGCAAGAAGUCAUCAUGCCUCAUCCUACCAACGAGAACGAGACGGCGCCAGUGCGCCCAGUGGGCCCAGACACUCCGGUCUCCGGUGCGCCUACCGUCCUUCUCGAGACCAUCUUCAGCACCGUCGACGCCAUCCGCACGCCCGGCACCGUGACCCAGACUCCCCCCUUGAUACUCUCCGAGGUGGUCAACAUCUGGAAGUCGGGCCACUUCCAAGGUUACAUGGGGUCCCUCACCACGCCUCCCUGCAGUGAGGGCGUCAUGUGGCUCGUGUCGACGCAGACGCUAAGGGUGGCGCCUCUGACGUUUGAGAAUGUCCGUAGUGUCAUCGGCUUCAACUCGCGCUUGACGCAGAAUGCGCCCGGUGAGGAUAAUAUCCUCGCUAAGGCAGGCUGCGCCGCAGCUGGAACUGAGUGAGGCGGUUGAAGCUGGGAUGGAAGCAAGAGAACUAUCAAUGAUAUUGUACACCGGUUAGGCUUGAAUACAAAUCAAAGGGUUACGGCGGGUUAGCCAUUG